AUGAAGAUAGAUGGUACUGUUGUUUUGAGAAAAUCGUCGGUUGAAGAUGUUAAAGAUUGUGUUCCAGACAGUAUCUUCGAGAAAGUGGUGUAUUUUCAACUGGUCAGUCGUGACAAAGAAUAUGAUGGUACUGACAAGGGUAAAGUUAGCCCUCAUAAGGCUUACUUGAACGGAGAUUUCCCAAAGGCGGGAACAGAUAUGUCGGAUAUAACCUACAAAAUCACUUUCGAUUGGCCUCAUGGCUAUGGGACCCCUGGAGCUAUACUAGUCAGAAACAAGCAUUCUCAACAGUUUUUGCUCGAAUAUGUUUCCAUAUAUGUCCCCGGCCAUGGAGAUAUUAAUUUUCUCUGCAACUCUUGGGUUUAUCCUAAGUCGAUGGCUAAUUCUGGUCCGAGUGAUAAACGAAUCUUCUUUGAAAAUAAGAGCUAUCUUCCCGAAGAAACACCGAAAGGGCUGAAGUUUUGGAGGGGGGAAGAGCUACUCAAAGCUACAGGAGGAGCUGAUGAGGGAGUGAGGCAGCCGUGUGAUCGUAUUUAUAGUUAUGAUGUUUAUAAUGAUCUGGGUGAGCCGGUUAUUGUCCCAAAAGGCAGCAAACUACCAUAUCCUCGGAGGUGUCGAACUGGUCGUAAGAAAAAAAACGGUUACGAGACUAGAGAGUCGCAAGGCUUUUAUAUCCCAUCAGACGAGAAGUCGCCUACUCUUUCUAAGAUUCUAACCGAAUUCUCUGUGAAACUCUCUUUUUAUUCCAAGUCCAAGGAGGUUUCAAAUCCAAAUGUACUAGAGAAACACUUUAACAAUUUGGAGAAGGUUAAAAGUCUCUACAAAGGCGAUCCAAAACAGAUGGAAAAAGAGAUUUCAAGUUCACAGGAUAUGGCGAAACUAUUUUUUCCAAAACCCAAUAUAAUAGGCAAGGAUGAUAAUGCAUGGAGGAAAGACGAGGAGUUUGGUCGCCAAACUCUUUCAGGGACCAAUCCUAUGGUUAUUAAACGUUUGGAAAAAUUCCCACCGUGUGGUAAUUUGAACCCAGAAGAUUACGGUCCUCAACAGAGUUCAAUCACUGAGACUCAUUUAAGUCCUUCGUUAGAAAAAAUGUCUGUAGAAAAGAACGCCUCUCGGCGUAAUGAUGUCUGCAUGCCCUAUGUUAAAACGAUUAACCAAGAUACUACAUGCAAAAUCUAUGCAACCCGCAUCAUCUUCUUUCUUCUGCCUGAUGGAACUCUAACGCCUAUUGCCAUUGAGUUGUGUUUGCCUAAAAAAGACAAGCAACUCUUCACUCCUGAUUAUAGUGGUGAUGAUGAAGGGUGGUUGUGGGAGUUGGCCAAAGCUCAUGUGCGAUGUAACGAUUCUGGUUAUCACCAGCUAGUCAAUCAUUGGCUAAGAACACAUGCCGUAGUAGAGCCUUUUAUUAUAGCCACUCACAGAAAUCUGAGCAAAGUGCACCCACUUCACAAGUUGCUUGUCCCUCACUUUCGCAAUACCAUGCACAUCAAUAGUGCAGCUCGCCAAUUAUUGAUAAAUGCGGGAGGCAUUAUCGAGAAAAGUUUCCGCGCAGGCCAAUUUGCAAUGGAAAUCUCUUCCAAAGCAUACGUCGAUUGGAAAUUCAAUGAGAAAGGUCUACCAGCUGAUCUUAUAAAAAGGGGAAUGGCUACAGAAAAUGAAGGUAAACUGGAACUUGUCAUCAAAGAUUAUCCCUAUGCAGUCGAUGGGCUCGAAAUUUGGGAUGCCAUGAAAUCUUGGGUGGUCGCCUACAUAUCACUGUAUUACAGUGACGAGGAAAGUGUGAAGUGUGAUAAAGAAGUUCAAGAAUGGUGGAAAGAGAUCAAAGAGAAGGGGCAUGAAGACAAGAAGAAUGACGAGGCGGGAUGGUACAAGAUGGACACCCGCAAUGAUCUGAGCGAAGCAAUUACCACCCUCAUCUGGGUUGCCUCUGCUCACCAUGCUGCGGUGAACUUUGGGCAGUAUGACUACUCUGGAUCCAUGCGCAAUCACCCCAGUACUACCCGAAAGCUUGUUCCAACCAAAGGAUCUUAUGAGUACGAUAAAUUCCUGCUUGACCCAGAAGCAUAUUUUCUCAAAACUGUUACAGACCCCGUGCCAACCACUAUCAGCAUGAUUGUUUUGCAAGUUUUGUCGACGCAUUCCGCUGAUGAAGUUUACUUAGGCCAGGGUUCCAGCACAGAUUGGAUUGAUGACCCUCGAGUUGACAUAGCCUUCAAAGAAUUUGGCCAGAAUUUGUUGAAGAUCGAGGAAAAGAUUAGUUGUAGAAAUAAAGACCCAAGCUUGAAAAACCGAUGUGGUGCUGCCAAUCUUCCAUACACGCUCUUAUUUCCAAACACUUCAGAUAAGACCAAAACCGGUGGCCGCACUUUCAAGGGAAUUCCUAACAGCAUUAGUAUUUGA